CACGAGUCAACCAAUCUGCCAAAAUUGUUUGCAAUGCAUUUGUAAAAGCUGAAGAUCGAAUGUAACACCUCAAUAUGUUGCAUUCCUUUAGCAACAAUUACAUGCCAUGCAACAUUUACUGGCCAAAAAUGAUCAAUUUAUUGGUAAUGGAGAUUGUAAGAUUGAAUUAUUUCCGAACACGGGAAUAUUCUUAACUCAUAAUCAAAUAAAUCUGGCAUUAUCAAAAGCUAACUCAAAUCCUCGGGAGUGGGUUCGAUGUUUACUUAGUUACAUUGUCAGUCCAGAUGAAUUUAUAGCUUUCAAAACAGCAGAAGGAAUGAACAAGAGCAACAGUAAUAUUCGCAAUGCUAUUAUUGGAUACUUGAACAGUGAACAUAAAUUUGUGUUAUCAACGACGGAUUUUAAUGAUAUAGUGAGACGGAAAAUUUACCAGUAUUCACUCGAAAAAAAAAAUCCUAUUGCAGUUGAAGAGUUUAAAAAUCAGAGUCGUCAAAGAGCAAAAAAAAGUAGAGAAAAGCGGAAGUCAGUUACUGAUGAUUCUGAGAAGAUUCCGAAGAAAUUGAAAAUUAUCAAUACUGAAAUUUCGAAAGAAGCUGAGGAAGUAGUAAACAAAGAUGAAUUAAAUAAUAUGAAACAAUCUGAAGAAGCUGAGUUACGAACGGAUGAAAUGAAAGAAAAUAUCGAACAACCACUGAACAAUAAAUUGAUUGAUACUGAUGGUUCAAAAGUUAAAGAAAUGAACAAUAACGAAAGGAAACAAGAAGAAUUGAACGGCUCAGCAGAUUUCAUCCAAGAACGAAAACAAGCAAAUAAUGAAUCAGAAAGGACAAACAGCUCAACAAAUUUUGAUAAAUCAAAUGCAACAGAUAAUAACAAAAUUCCACCUUCGACAACUAUGCAAAAUUGUCACAACUAA